AUGGCAUCUUCCACCAAUUACGAACCUGUUAUUGAUCGAGCUGCGUUCGAAGCUUAUACGCAACUCCGAACGAUUGCCAAAAAAUACAAUGUCGAAGACAAACUCGAAGUACCACAAUUGGUUCUUGUCGGCGAAACAUCAACCGGCAAAUCGAUGCUCGUACAAAAUUUUCUUCGAUUUCCUUGUUCAUUCUCCCAGACUGGAGUUGCAACACGUUGUCCAGUGGCCUAUCGACUUGUCUACAAUCCGACGUUACCAAUCGGCGAGCUUCGUAUUAUUCGGCCAGCAGGUAUUACUGCUUCUCAGCUGGCAAAUUAUUUACAACAGUUAAUGAGACGUAUUCAAGAAGAAUGUUCCGCAACGGGUGGCUUUCGACUAGAACCCGAAUGGAUCGAGAUCGAAAGUGCUGAAUAUACGGAUUUCGAAAUUCUUGAUCUUCCCGGUCUGGUUGGUGGUGAUAAAGUGGCUGAGAAUCGACAAGCAGUAGAAAAAAUAGCCGAAUCGUUCGUACGUAAUCCUCGGUUCUCCAUCGUUCUAUUGAAAGAGACAACACAAAUCACUGAUAAUAGUCAUGGAGCACGUGUAAUUGAUGAGCUCUGUAAGAAACAAACAGGAUCUGAUACUUCUUUACCGCCACGAUCUGAUUACCAUCAAAAUAUGAUCACUAUCCAUACAAAAUUUGACUCUUUCAUGUUGAACUUUACCAAUGGAACUGCAGCUAAUAAUGAAAUGUCAAAGCAACUGCACGAUUUCGGUCCUUCUUUCUUCACUAAUAUGAUUUUUGAUGGAUAUUCAAUGGCAGAACGAUCGUUCGAUGAUAAUGUUGCCUAUCUUCGUGAUUUAUCGCGUCGAGAACAACAAGAAGUAGACAAAUGGAUUGAGAAAAUGAAUCAAAAGAGUGGUCAAUCACCGGAUCAUUAUCAACGUUUCGAUGAGAACUAUCGUAAACUUAUCGGUAUCGAUGUUGUACGAAAUCAAAUUCAAUCACUUUGGCUCAAGUCAUUUCGUUCUGCUCUACCGAAAUUAAGAGCAAAAAUUCAAGAUGAACUUGACAAGGCUAGACGUCAAUAUGAUGAAGAUCAAGAGCGUUACAAGUCGGAAAUCGAUUUUAUUUUUCCUCUCGACCGAUGUGGUCAGACAUACGAGGAGAUCGAAACUGCCUAUAAUGAAUGGAAUCGCAAGAAGACAGUCACCUGGCGGGCAUAUUUAAGCGUAAACGACUUGAAACAACAAUUUCCCGAUGAACAUGAAACGGUCAAUGUACGUUAUGUUGGUUGUCGUCAUUUUGUACGACUUCACAAUCUCUUUUCGUACAUGAUUCUACAUUUUAAACCACGAGAACCGACUCGAGAUUGGAUUGAAUCAGCAGCUUCACUUUUAUCUGCCGGUACAACAGACUUUGAUGAUUUAGAAAAAGCAGUUCGAGAUAUUCUUCGCACUCUCUUACGUGAAACUUUUCUGAUGGGUAUUCGUUGGCUAACACAAAUGUAUUCCUAUCUAUUGGACGUGUUUCGAAUCCAUGUUAAACGCUAUCUUCUUAGCAAUCAAAAAUAUCCAAUGUUGCGUGAUCACAAUAUUUUUCUUAAUGCAGUCGAUCUUGAGUAUCACAUUAUUGUACGCACAAUGAUUCGCGAUGCCAUUCGUCUCGUUCGUGAUUAUCGUCAAUCGGCUAGUGCCUAUGCACACUAUGAUAUCAUGAAGCGUAUGUCAAAACUGAUGUUUUCGGUUCCACGAGAAAUCGAACAUGAAGCAUUCAAGCAACCAAUUGAUGGUAUUUUUAUAAAAAGUUCAACAAACAAUACAUACACGACGGCUACGUUAGCUGAUAUUUUCAAAUCGAUUUCACCACAUAAACUUCUCGAGCAAAUCUAUGGUUCUGAAUCAUUUUUGACAAGUAAACGAGAUCCAUACACAUGCAGUCAUCAUGAAAAUGCACGACGGACAAUUAAAGAGCUCUACACAGCAAGUUGUGGUCGACUUUUAGAAGAAAUUCGAUCCAGUUUUAAUACAUAUGUCGUAAUGAGAAUUCAUAAUUUUGAUCGAUUCUGUAGAGAACGACACUCUGAUAAUCCAAAUCGAAUUUCUCUUUCUACACGCAUUGACCGUAUGACGGAACGACAAAUUGCUGAUAUGUCAAAUCUAGGUUUCGAUGAGAUCAACGAUGCGUGUCAUACGUCGAUUGAAAAGAUUCAAGCUUUGAACGAAGCUCUAUUGUUCAUCAAUAACGCCAUUACUGAAAUGAAUACUGGUCAGCGUGUUCAAAGCGAACAGCGUCGAUCACGUAUGGAAAACAUCAAUCUCAAAAGCACGAAACAUGCAGAAUACAUGCGCAAGAAACAAGAAGCUGUCGAGAAUCGUCAUCGACGACAAUAUCUUUCUCAAAGCUCUUAUAAUCGUUCAGCUGAGGAAUCUAAUGAGACCUCCAAUGAAAACAUACUCGAUGAAGAACAAACGUUAAUGACUCAUCGUGAUCCAACAUCGGCCAGUGAAUUUCUACGUGAGAUCUAUGAUAAACACGAUAAGGAGGAUCUGAAAUAUGGAUUUCUCGAGAAUGAUCCAGAGGAUCAAGAUAAGAAUCAUUCGCAUGCACAUGAUCGUUUGCGUGUCGAUCCGAAUUUAAUGAACUAUGAAGAGAUGUCGUCACCUUCUACUGGUAUGUUCAUCUUUACGUAA